AUGGAAGAUGCUAGAAGAGAGUAUUAUAAACGAUCAAAAGGAGUACUUGAAGGAUUUCUUUCCAAAGAUUCUGGUAGCAUAGAACUUAAGAAAAGUGGGAUUAUCUCACAAAGACCUAGUUAUUUCCAUGCUGAAUUUCCUAAGAAAGCUACAUCUUUAGAUACAGAAGAACAUUACGCAAGUGUACCUAAUGAGUUUGUGGUACGAUGGAUUCCCAGAGAUAUGGCCAAACUUAUAUUCCCGGCAUUAUAUUUCCUGGAUCUUGUAGAUGAACUUAAAAGGGAGAAGAGUAAAAUCCACACCAUUAUCACAGCCAGUCCCGUACCCACCACUCUGGAGAAGGAAGAAUGUAAAAUAGCAAAGGGCAAUGCAGCAUGGGAUAGAAAUGGAGUUUGGUUUUGUACUUGUUCAAAUAUUAAUUUAUCUUCUAAAGACGAAUUCGGACCCAAAUUCUUUAAAACUUACAACCAAUGGUUAUUAUGGGAUCAUUCAAUCCAUCAAGUGAUAGAUACUGCAAGAGAAACAGAGAAUUUUCAACUUUUGGAGGAGAUAAGAAAAGCUAAGACCUCUUCAUUGGUUUGA